AUGAAGAAAUUCAGGUUUGACUGUCUGGUGUUUGUGAGUGUGAUACCUGGAGCUGAUGUGAGUGAAACAGAGGCUGAUAUAAAGAAGCUGUUAAUACCCAGCUACAACUACAACAAAAUCAUCAUCCUGAAAACAGUCCCAACGUCUAUAAACGUUGUGUCACUUCAGCAAACACUGGGAGAUCAUAAAAUGGAAGUUUUAAAUCUUGUGCUAAUAGGAGCUCCUAAGUAUAGCAGUACUUUUCAGGUUCAAGCUCUGAAGACAGUGAAUAUCACAAUGACAGGGAAGCUGAUUUUUGAACUCUUAACAAAAGGAUACUCCAAUGCUUCCAUCACUAUCAAUGUUCCAACUGAUGAAGUCAACAUCCUGCACAUAGAACCAGGCCUUUGUCCAGAUGAGACCAUGUACACAGUGUAUGGCGUAUACACAUGGCCCGGUAAGACGGCUCAAACCACACAUAAAAUGGGGUGUGAGAAAGGCAAGGAAUCUGCUAUAAGAUUCUGUAAGUUAAACGGAGCAACUGAUAGAGCAGUUUGGGAUCACCCAGACGUGAGCAGGUGUGUGAGGACUGUAUCAGAUUUUGUUCAUUUGGAAAACAUCACAGUUACAGCUAACAACUCAGCAGAUAUUGUAAACAUGAUUGAGAAUCUGCUCAAGGAACAGAACAGUCUGACUGACGUCCAGCUGAACAUUGUGCUAGAAAAGCUGUCUUUGGUCACUAAGGUUGGAACCUUGACCACAGAGCUGUCCAGCAGCAUUACUAAUAUAGUUUCAAAAAUCUGCGAUUACACAACUAAUCUUGGAAAAGUCACCAAUGAAAUCCUGUCCAUUACAGACCGCAUGGGAGAUAGAACAGAGUUUACAGAAGCCGAGCAUAAUAUGACAGCUCCUUCAUUAGCACUGCAGUUGAUCAACCUUGACACCUCUCAGUUCCAAGGCCUCACAUUCGGAGUGUCCUCCUUCCAGACUGGUCUCACCCCUGAGAUAUUUUUUGCCCAGAACUUUUUAGUGCUGCCAGACACAGUGACUGUGGCAUCCAUAUCCUUACCUUCUGCAAUAGAGAACUUUUUCCCCCAAACAAGUGAAACCAGACCUCGCAUUCAGUUUCAUUUUUAUGGCAAAGAAAACCUGUUUAAGGACCCACAACUGGGACAACGCUCGAUACUGAACACUUAUGUAGUGUCUGCCAGCAUCACCAAUGCCACAGUGAGCAAUCUUGAGAUCCCACUGGUGGUCGCUUUCCACCACCUUCAGCCCAAAGAGGAUCAACACAUUGUCAAAUGUGUCUACUGGGACUUCCAUAAAAACAAUGGGAGAGGUGGAUGGAAUGGUGAAGGAUGUGAGACACAGAAGUCUAAUACUACUCAUACAUUCUGCUGCUGUGACCAUCUCACACAUUUUGGAGCUCUUUUGGAUAUCUCAAAAACUCCAAUAAACCCAGAGGAUGUAAAGAUUCUGACUAUCAUCUCAUACCUGGGCAUUGGCAUGUCCUCUGUCUUUCUUGGAGUCACAUUGCUGACCUAUGUAGCCUUUGAGAAGCUGAGGCGUGACAACCCUUCAAAGAUCCUUAUUAACCUCUCAGUGGCCUUGCUAGGGUUGAACAUGCUAUUCCUGGUAAACUCCUGGUUUGCCUCUUUUAACACAAAUGGCCUCUGUAUUACUGUAGCAGCCUUUCAACAUUACUUUUUCCUGGCUACCUUUACCUGGAUGGGACUAGAGGCAAUCAACAUGUAUCUUGCCUUGGUCAAAGUCUUUAAUUCUUAUGUGCCGUCUUACAUCCUCAAAUUCUGCGCUUUUGGAUGGGGUUUACCUCUGGUAGUUGUAAGUUUAGUCCUUGCCAUAGAUAAUCAUUCAUAUGGCAGAAGUCUCUCCAGAACACCUCUUGAGGAAUCCACGCCAUUUUGCUGGUUAAAGAACGACGUGACCUUUUUUGUGACGGUGGUUGCUUUUGUUAUCCUAAUACUGGUCUGUAAUAUCUGCGUGUUUGCCGUGGUGCUUAUACAGAUCCGCAAAAUGCGGGUCAAUAAGCCUUCUGGCAGUGGAAAUGGACUGCUGCAUGACCUGCGAGUGGUAUCCAGCCUCACCUUCCUGCUGGGACUUACCUGGAUACCAGCCUUCUUCGCCUGGGGCCCAGCCAAAACAUCCCUCAUAUACCUGUUCUCCAUCCUCAACAGUCUUCAAGGGUUCUUUAUCUUCCUGUUUUAUUGUCUGAUGAAAGACAACGUAAGGAAGCAAUGGAGGAUACAUAUUUGCUGUGGAAUAUUCAGACUCGCUGAAUACACAGAUUGGAGCCGCUCUGUGACUCUGGGGGCCAAAGCAAAAGAAGGUCUAAAAGUCUGCUCACCGUCUAUGAAGUCAGAGACUACAAGUGACAGGAAGAUCUCUGAUUGCUCAAACUCAGGGGCCAGCCAUGAUCAUGUUUGCCUGACACAGGAGAGAAAGCACUGAGCAGAAAGAUGAAUUAUGUGUAUUGAUUUUCUUUUUUGUUUAUGUUAAGUGAUGUCUAUAGUAAUUUACUGCAGAUAUGCAUUAAAUUGGAGUGUUUUAGGUUCUAUAGAGGGGAUGUUUCCACCACAUUACGUUAAAGAACUCACAAUGUGCUAUAAUAACAAUUUUACAUUUUCUGUUGUGUUUUGACUUACUGUGCUUCUAUAUAUCCAUGUGUGUGUGUGUUCUUGAUAUAAAACACUUUGGUGGUUUAGCAGAUGAUAUUUGUCCACAGCAAUUUAAAGUACACUUGUACACUUGAACUUUCCAAUGUCGUUAUCAUUGUCAAAAUUAUAUUGAUAGAACUUAUAAGGUAGGUUUAAAUGAAAUUUGUAUUUCUUGCAGAGAGUUGACUUAUUUAGGUCUAUGGUUAACGGACAAGUAGCUGAGUUGUGUAAUUCCUGUAGCUACAUAAUAUAUAUAAAUUAGACAUCUGUAAUGAAACUACAACUAGAUUUUCUGUUGCAGAUUUUGUUUCUCCAGAAAUUACACAAUUUUAUCUUCAUAAUCAAACUAUCAGUGUUAAAAACAGACAUGUUUUUUCUGUCUUUUCUAUAACCCUCGUAGGUCAUUUAAAAUCCAUAAUUUAUUCCAUACUUGAGUAAUGGGUUUUGGUUAACAUGUAAACUAUCUUAUUUGUGUUUAUAGGCUACAUUUGAAAUAUUUAUACUGAUCGAUUACUGUGACAUUAACUAACAAAUAGGCUAGAGGACAGUUAAAGUUAUUCUGAUCAGCAAUGUCAACAGGAAUAAUAAAGACAACAACAUACAAGACUUAUAAUUUGC